GCAGGGGGUGGGUAAAAAACAUGCGCUCUUUGUCAGCUCAGCAUAAUAUUGCUUUGUGCGUUUUAUGAUGCAACAUAUCCUGCCAGUCAAGUUUCUGAAUCCAAUGUGUACUUGUUAUCAGUGAACUGCCUGCAAAUCCGUGUCAUGUUGAGCGUUGUGUUUCGUAAGUUGCCGCGAUCGUUUUCCUCCAUAUCAACCAGAACACUCACUUCAUCGGUAAAACCGGCCUCCACCUCCGGAACCGGUACCGACGAAAUCAGUACCGAUUUGGAUGUGACUCGCCUGAACCAUCCAACCAAGGUUCCUCAGAAACCUCACAUCUCUGAGAUCGAUAAACGCCAGCGGGCGAACCAGCCGUCCCGAAUUACCGUGGACGAACAGACGGUACAGCUGCUGGAACGGCUGUCGCUGGUCGAUUUGGACAGCAAGGAGGCGCAUCGAACACUGGAGGAUUCAAUAGAGUUCGCGUCGCGUAUUUUGACGAUUGAUACCGAGGGAGUGGAGCCGUUGUAUACGGUCUUGGAGGAUCAAAAGCUUGCCUUGCGGGAGGACGUCGUUACGGACGGGAACAUCCAGGAGGAUGUGUUGAAAAACGCACGGCUUACCGAGGAAGAAUAUUUUGUGGCUCCACCCGGAAAUAUUCCCUUGGAGCAGGAUUCCAGUGGGAAACAUAAGGAGUAA